GGCUUUGCUGCCUAUAAAUCCCACAAUAACCACACUGGCACGGCUCAUUCCGGACGGCGUCACCUCCACCAUCUCAGCCAUGUCGAUGACAACGGGAAAGAUCAUCUUUUUCGAGGGUGAGAAUUUCCAGGGAUUGCGCCUGGAGGCGUCGGGGGAGGUGGAGAGCUUCUUGGAGCGCAGGUUCCCCGGCUGCGUUGGCUCGGCCCGCGUGGAGAGCGGCGCUUGGCUGUGCUUCGAGCAUGCGCACCUUCAAGGGCAGCAGCUGGUGCUGGAGCACGGCGAGUACGCGCACCUGCGCAGCUGGGGCGACCGCUGCGAGGAGAUGGGCUCGUGUCGGCCCGUGCGCAUGUUUGGGGAGAACUUCUCCAUUGAGCUGUUCGAGGGAGCGGAUUUGACGGGGCAGUGUGUGGAGCUGAACGAGGACUGCCCCCUGUUGGUGCAGGUCCCCACGUGGGGCCGCCGCGCCGUGGCCUCGAUCCGCGUGCGAGGAGACGGAGCUUGGGUGCUGUAUGAUGACAGUAACUACCGCGGCAGGCAGUACCUGCUGGAGCGGGGCGUGUACCGCUGCCCAGCUGCAUGGAAAGCCUCCAGCGGGACGGUGCUCUCCCUGCGACGCGUCAACAACUACCUCUCGUAGCACACACGGAUGCCCUCUGGCCAUAAAGGCUCUUUUACAAACACUUAGGAUAACUGCAAGUACAUGGCAUAAGUAUCUAACCUUCCACGACCUGGCCCAGGAUGGUUGAUUGGAUGUGAUGUCUGGUGGCCCAGUUUAUUGUGGUGGCGAGACAGACCUUAUCCCAAGCACAAAUGAGGUCACGGAUAUAUUCACAGUACUGCAUAUAUAACCAUUUCAAGUUAUCUCUGUUGGUCAUUUCCAUAACAGAGGUGCCUGGGUGACUCACAAUGCUAUGCCUACGUCAUAAUAGAGCCAGCACCGCAUUUCAGCUUCCCACCCCGUAUAAAACUGUUCUAAAAUGUGUUACCAAGUUGAUAGUAUCACGUGGUCAUCAGUGAUUGCCACAAAAAACUCAUUAUAAUUAUUAUAAUUUGAUUGUACUUCAUUUCCUCUGGCCCAUCACUGGAAGUAAACGAUAAACAUAUGUGAGAUAACAGCUGAGGCAUACCACUCAUCACCAUCCCAUUAACAUAAUCUGGUGAUCAGACUUGUGUACAGUCACAACUGUUUCAAUGUGCUUCUUCUAUGCUGAUUCCCUGUGACCUGCAGCUUCCCCGCUUGCAGUUUAUGGGACAUUAACUUUGUAGCUUAAAGGAACACAAUUGGGAUAUAUCAGAAUUAAUACUAAAAAAGCCUCUACAUGCAUACAUUGUUAUAACAAUUAAUAGCUACAAUGUGAUUU